GGGGAAGUUCAGUCCCCUCCAGGGGCUGAUUGAUUCCUCUGUGACAGUUCGGUGUCAGUCCGCCCUGACGGUGUAAUUCUCUGGCUGGCUUUGCAAUUGCGGGUUUCCGCAGUUGGGGGGGGGAAGGAGGGACAGUUGUCUCUGAAAUUCAAAAAUCCAGGGAUUGAUCAACAUGGAAUGAAACUGGACCGAGCCUGCUAUCGCUGUCCGCUGUCAGUGCCUUUCCCGUCACUGCUCAGUUUGUGUUCAUUCCCUCUUCCCAGUUCUCUUGUGAGACCAACAGAGCUCUCAUGCUUCAACUACUCGGGGCCAACAGACUCUUCAACCCCUCUCUCCCCCCCCAAGAGGCCAAGAUGCAGAAAACGCCGCACUCAUUCCGCGGGGAUUAAAUGUAUCAGCUCAGCGUCUUUUACAAACCAUAACUCCUCUCAGCAGAUUCAAACUGAAAUAAUGGAUGAAGACAAACUGAUUGAAGAAGCAGUUGAAGCUGAAUUAAGACAAAUCAACAUUUCCCCAUCAGAAAUAGAUGAACUGGAGGAGCAAUCUGAAGAAGACAUUCUUGUUGAAUCAGAUUAUGAUUCAGAUGAAUUACCCAAAUCUGUCCUUGACUACCUGGAGCAUAUAAAACAAAGAACUGGAAAUGUCGAAAAGCUGAUUCUCCAGGACCUGGAGCAACCUGACUAUGCUGUUUAUCCUGAGCGCAGUUAUCCUGGAACAGACAUGUUGAUGGAAUUAGCUGCUGAGUUCGGUGAAGAUCAUUUGAACCUGAAAGAGAAGAUACUGGUCCAAAUUGAAGAAGAAGAACAAAGGAUGCAGACCCAUGUAGAACCGCAACAGAAUAUGGGCACCAGUGUUCAGAUGAAGACAGGCAGUCAUUGUGCUGAGAAUGAAACAAUGCCAGAUAAUGAAGAGACUUUAGCUCGUGAGUGCAAAGAGGUGGAGGAACGUUGUCAGCUGUCACUACAACAAUGGGAAAUAGAACAAGAAGUACUGAAGAAAACAAAGCUGGCAGAGUUGAUGGAAUGGAGGAAACGAGAAAAGGAGCUGGCAGUGGAAGAAGAGGAAAGAGCCAAGAGUAGACAGCAACAAUUUGAAGAAAAACUAGAGAAACUGGCAGAGGAGAGGCAGCAACAGCAGAUUCAACUGGAAAAGAAAAUCGGAGAAGACCAAGAACAUUGGGAACAAAAGUUGAAGGAACAUGAGGCAUUAAUACAAGCAAUGCAAAUUAAGAUGGAUGAAGAACGAAGGAUCUUUGAAGAACAGCAACACAAAGAGAGAAUACGAGUGGAAGAGGUGCAAAACAGAGCAUCAGCAAUAAUUCAGGCAAGGUUUCGGGCGUAUUUAGUGAGGAAAAGGUAUGCACCAAUACUGAGGGAAAGGCAGGAUGAAAGGAAGAGAAAAAAAGACCUGGAGUUAAGGAUGGCAGAAGAGAAAAAAGCAUUUGAAGAAAACAUCAAAAGAAAAUUAGAACAAAAACAGAAAGAAGAGGAGAAAGAGGGAAAGAGGUGGAAAGAAGUUGAACAAUUGCAAAGAGAAGAACAGAAACGAAGACAGAUUGAAUAUGAGAAGAAAAAGGAACAGGAACGACAAAGAUUAGAAAAGGAGAGACAACAAAAGCUGGAGAAACUCCAAAAUUUGAGAGAAGAUGAAAAAAGAAAAGAGUUACAGAGAAGGAGAAACGAAGAAAAGCAAAAGGAAAUAGAACAUAAAAAGGAAGAGGAAAACAAGUUGCUAGAAAAAGAAAAUAAAAAAGUGGCCUUAAGCCAAAGAGAAGACAAAGAAAUUGAGAAGGAACAUAAACCACAGCUAGUUGAAGAGAGAGAUUUUUACUCCAGCAUUAAUAAGGAGGCUAAACAUGAUGAUAACAAUUCAGAGACUGCAAGUAUUCCUCUGAUUCAAAGUAUAGGAUUCUUUCAGAAUAUAGAGGAAAAUAGUACUCUUGCAAAUGACAGUCAAGAUGUGAGCCAAUGUAUAGUUGCAAUGGCUACAGAUACAAACCUCAAAGUAAAGCUUCUAGCUGAAGAAACAGUGGAGAAAACAGCAGAGAAUACACUUGCAAUAGAAUGCAAUAUCCCCCCAAUACCCAAAAACCGUAUCUUUCUGCAAAAAAGCAGAGUAUUUGCAGUUAGUGAUAAGGACCCUGGCAGACUGUCAGGUGAAGGAAUAUCUAUAUUAAAUACAAGUAGUGUUGACUUACAUAAGGAAGAUCUGAUUGACGCUUCCAAAGUAACUUCAAGUAUGGAUCAUGAUUUUGAGGAGCAUUUGUCAGUAUCAGAGCUCACCCUACCUGAUCAUGUUGAGCAAAAGAGACUAAGUUGGAUGAAAAUAUGUACACCUUGGUCCAAAAUUAGCAGAGAAAACAAGUUGAAGAAAGUGAAACAACAUAUCAGACUUCAGACUAUUCCUGUCAACCGACUACCUCCUCUGAGUCCUGGAGUUAUUCUACAGUCAGGGGUUUGGAAUUCACUUCAGCAGGUUAGAACAGUCACUCUUCAAGAUUUACCUGGUUUCAGCCUAUCCACAUUUUCACAAUGCCUCCUUCUCCAGUCACUAACACUUCAAAAUUGUGGAAUAGAGACAUUGGAGGGUAUCAAUAAUUGCAAAGGAUUAAAGUACAUCGAUGUGCAGGAGAAUAAGAUCAAGCAUAUUCACUGCCUUGAGUUAGAAAAUCUGUGUAUUCUUCUGCUCAGUCACAAUCAGAUAACCUCUAUACAUGGUCUGGAGAACUGCAGCAACCUCCAAGUCCUUGAGUUAUCACACAAUAAUAUCACUCGGAUAGGUGGUCUGGAAUCUUUCAAAAAGCUUCAGAGGCUUGUUGUGGAUCAUAAUGAAUUAAUAAGUACCAAAGGUUUAAGUGAAACUCCUACCCUGCUCUACCUUGAUUGCUCCUUUAACUACCUUGACAGCAUAGAAGGCAUUGAUAACUGUGGGCUUCUUCAAACCCUGAAGUUACAAAACAACAAUCUUUCUGAGCUUCCCAAAUUUCGAAAUCAUGUGUUACUGCGAGAGUUAUAUCUGGAUGAUAACAGCAUCUCAUCUCUCAAGGUGCUAUCUGAAUACUGGUUACCAAUGCUUCAACAUCUCUCUGUUUCUCAGAACAGUUUGACGGACCUUACAGCCAUGUCUGACUUUCUUUUAUUGGAGAGGCUUAAUGUUAGCAAUAAUCGCUUAUCAGAUCUCAAGAGCUUCCUUUUAAGUCUUAAUGGAUGUCAUAGACUGCUGGAAUUGUUACUACAUGGGAAUCCACUUCAGCAAGAGUCAGGCUGGAGAUGUUCAAUCCUGAAAACAUUAUCAAAUCUGAAGAUACUAGAUGGUGAAAGGAUUAGUUCCACUGAUACAUUCUGUGCCAAAAGGCAUAACAGACCUUCAUCGGGGAGUUUCCUGGCACUGUGUCAGGCCCAGCUUCAAGACUCUGAAUUAUUACUCAAGAGACAUGAAACUGAACUGGAAUUGGACUCUUUGGACAUUACAGGAACACGCUGUCAGCACUGUGAUGAACUAAUGCAGCUGGCUGAAGAAUGUAGAUAUGCCCAUGAGUAUGGAGAAUCAUGCCUCACUGAACAGAAAAAACAUCCUAAUACUCUUCAUGAGGAAGAACUCAGUGUUGAAAAGCAAUAUAAUAAGUUGACCAUCAAUCAUACAGAAGGAAAUAGCCAGAAUGCUGACAGAAAAGUUGUUUCUGACCCAGUUCAGACUGUUGUAACUUAUGCUUCUGAAAAGAUCAAGCAAAGUGAUCAGUCACAUCUUGCUUAUCAGGAUUCUGAGCACAGUGACCCCAGACUCCUUGUAAACCAAGGGGGAACUAUUCUGCAGGAUUUCGGAACAGGCAGAAGUCCACUGUAUUCUAAAUAUAACAAAGUAGAGUCACAGCAGCAAAAUAAAGAGCAUGUGAUGGAGAAACAUCAACAACAUAUUUCAGAAGACAACUUAGAAAACUAUGCAGCUAUUGUUUUACAGUCCCACUGGAGAGGAUACAUUGUUCGUAAAGAAAUUCAAAUGUGCAUGAUACUUCAUAAUGCUGCUUCAGUGAUUCAGGCUGCAUGGAGAGAUUACUGCAACAGGAUGAAAGUUGCCUUCCAGAAAACUACUCAAGCUUCAUCUAGAAAAUGCAAAAUAUUUGGUGGAAGUCAAGAAAUCAGACAUAAAGCUGUCACUAUUAUUCAGGCACAUUGGCGGGGCUGUCUCCUACGAAAGAAGUUGUCUCAUGCUUUAGCAGCUGUUCAAACUGAGGAAGAGGAUGUCUUUGAAGAAGUUGAUUUGAGUGAAUUUACAUUUGAUGAGACCACUUUGAACAAAGACUGGAUAACCUCAGAGCCUGCAAGUUCUCCCCAAGCUUUCUCAACUGAAAACCAUUAUCAGCAACUAAAGGCUCCUCAUAAAGCCACUGAUUUAUUUGGUUUGCCAAGGCAACGGCAGCGAGCAUGGCAGGAUGAUGACAUCAAUAGUGUUGAAAAGUUUGGAUCACCGUCCCUUUCACCAGCGACUACCAGUGUUGUGCAAACUCCCAGAACUAUUUCAGGGUUCUCUGAGGUUACAUCUUGCAGUAAGCAAGGCUUCAAGUCACAGAAAGAAGAACAGAUCUCUCUGGAAUGGGGCUUUAAGAAUGCUCAUACUGCACAGCUAAUGUUGAAACGAGCUCAGAAAAUGAAAUCCAAGAAAGCAGAGGCUAAAAAAUUGCUGGAUCCAGUUGUGCGACUGGCCUUGUUCAAGAAUAAGAAAAAUAAAUAUUCCCCUGUGAAGCCAAAGAAGAAGGCAUGUGAUCGUGUGGAAUAUUUCAGAGCAAUAGAAGAAUUGACUCAGCAAGAUACAACCUCCACAGAGGUGCAACAAAAAAGCAGAGAGCUAACCUAUCAAUGGCUUCACACUCAAGUGGUGAAUGAUGAACAAACCAAUUACAGAAUUAUGAAAAAUCAUCACUUCCUGCCAGAGCUGGAUGCAGAUGUACUGAAUGGUGGCCGGGUUCAACUCAUGGCAAGUCAUGUAGGUAAAGAAUGUUCAGAUUUAGACAUUGUCUCUGUGUCCAGUGGUAGUACUAUAAAUCAACCAAGUGAUGGAUUUAAUUAUAGUCAUCGGCGCUCAUCAGGUUCUACACAAACUAUUGCAUCAUUGAAAAUUGGCACCAAACCUUUGAAGCAAGAACGCAUAUCUUUCCGAAGCAACCAAGUACGGCUCAGCACAGGAUGGGGAAGUGGCAAAAGACGAGGAAAAACUUUAUAAUCAUUUUCUGCCUUGAGGCAGUGACAGUAAAAGGUCAUAGAUGUGUUCAUAAUCAUAAAAUCUGUGUGUUAAAAUUUAAAAAUCUCAUCAAUUUUCUUCACUUGUUAUGAAGAAAUUUAAAUUCGAUGUAUAAAUGUGGCCAUUUUACUUCAAUGAUAAUUGUUUGACUGACUUGUUGAAAAUAAUGAUUUGGCAUAUAAAUUGCAUCUGUAACUGUUAAGUGUUUUAGCUCCUUUGCUUUAGUCUAAAUUGAUUACUGUAAAAUUGCUGACUCCACUAGUGAAUUUCACAAAGAUAAUAAAAGUAAAUAUGUGAAAGCAAUACAUGGCCAAAUACA